AAACCACCCUUAAAGUUUUUUCUACAUAUGUUGUAUUUUUAUGCAAGUCAAGCAAAAGAUAACGUGUGGUGUGCCUCCAACUCUCAUACACUAAUAUAAAAAGUAUAGAAAAAAAAUAGUAGCAAAAAAAAAAAAAUCCAAAUCAAACUCCCACCAAACCCAUAUAAUUUGAACCAACAAAGUCUUCAUAUAAUCUCACUUGCUCCAAAAAAAGGAAUAAAAAAAAAGGUCAAGCAGAAGAAAAUGGAAGGGUUGAUACCAUUGGUGUACAAGUCAUUGAAGAAGAGCCAGACUCGCCGGAAAUACGAGUGCCUCUCUUCCGGCGAGGCAGCGCAGCCGUACAACAUCGCCGACUUCUACGUGAAAGACGACGGCCGCGACCGCGAUGAAUAUAUGGGCAGGAGAGGGUACGCCACGCCCGGACCCGAUGAUACGCGGUCGGGCCGCCGUGGGGCCCACCACCGGCGCUGCAGCUCCGUGGUGAUUGACGGCCGCCCCGGCGCCGGAGGUUUCUUGGCGUUGGAGGGCGGUGGUGGUGCUCCUCCUCCUAAGAAGCAAAUUGUGAGGUUUAGGAGCCACAGGAUGCUGUCAUGCAUAACUGAUAUGCAGUUCCCGAAGAGUAGAAAUGCCACUCAAUCCAUCUGGAAGCAUCUCCAGACUAGAACAAUAAUACAUCCAUAAUUGAGAGAGAAGGGGCAUGGCUCCGGCAUCCACUCUCCACUCCCUCAACUUUGGUAAAGCAAAUAUACGAAGCCACUCGAGGCGAGGAAAACUGUUUGAUGGACACGUCAUCUCCUCCCCGACAAAUGAUUUCCACCCAAAAGACAAAUCU